AUGAAUUUAAUUCUUGAAUUGCGCAAAGAAAGCUGUUCCCGGUCAGUACGUACUUUCAACUCGUUUCGUUCGGGUGUAAGUUCGGAUUAAAAUUGUGUUGAGGAUUUUUGUUUUUUUUGUUUAUUUCUUUUAAAUUCUCUACCGGCGGAAGAUUAGUGAAUAAUGUGAUAUGGCUAACUGUAAAAUAAAAAGCCUUUUGUUUAUUUGUUUUAUUGCUUUGAGUGCGGCACGCCCACAAAAGAAUUCGAAAUCCAUACUUAAUGUGGGCUCAAAAUGUGGCUACGCAAGCUGCCCUGCUGUUAAGCCGCAUAUGUUAAAUGUUCAUUUGGUACCACAUACACAUGAUGAUGUAGGCUGGCUUAAAACUGUGGAUCAGUAUUAUUACGGAAGUGAAACGUUAAUACAAAAAGCCGGUGUACAAUAUAUAAUCGACUCUGUUGUAGAGCAACUGCUCAAGGAUCCCAAUAAACGCUUCAUCUAUGUCGAAUCUGCAUUCUUUUUCAAAUGGUGGAGCGAACAAACUCCCGAAAUGCAAGAAGAAGUAAAAAUGUUAGUAGACGAGGGUCGUCUAGAAUUUAUUGGUGGUGCAUGGAGUAUGAAUGAUGAAGCUACUACACAUUACCAGAGCAUAAUCGAUCAGUUCACUUGGGGUUUAAGACGUCUGAAUGACACAUUUGGGGAAUGUGGACGCCCACGUAUAGGUUGGCAAAUUGAUCCGUUUGGACAUUCACGUGAAAUGGCAUCUAUGUUUGCACAAAUGGGUUUUGAUGGUUUAUUUUUUGGCCGUCUGGAUUAUCAAGAUAAAGACGAACGCCUUAUGAACAAAAAGGGAGAAAUGAUUUGGCGUGCUUCAGCUAAUUUGGGUGAACCAGCACACUUAUUUACAGGCGUUUUGUAUAAUCAAUAUCAGCCACCACCGGGUUUUUGUUUUGAUAUUCUCUGUGCUGAUGAGCCAAUUAUCGACGGUAAACACAGUCCUGAUAAUAAUGUUAAAAAGCGCGUUGAUCAGUUUUUUGAAUUUGUAACAAACAUGUCUAAAAGUUAUCGUACCAAAAAUGUACUCAUAACAAUGGGUGAAGAUUUUCAUUAUCAAAAUGCCAAUUCAUGGUAUAAAAAUUUGGAUAAAUUGAUUAAAUAUGCUAAUGAACGUCAAAUUAAUGGGUCUGAAAUCAAUCUUUUAUAUUCCACACCUUCGUGCUAUCUUAAGUCUUUACAUGAUGCUGGUAUAACGUGGCCAACAAAGGAUGAUGAUUUCUUUCCCUAUGCGUCAGAUCCACAUGCUUACUGGACUGGUUAUUUUACUUCACGUCCAACACUGAAACGCUAUGAACGUGUGGGAAAUCAAUUUUUGCAAGUUUGCAAACAACUAACAUCUUUAGCACCACGAGAAAAUCCAUAUUUUUUGCCACAUCUCUCAUUUUUCCGCGAAACAAUGGGUAUAAUGCAACAUCAUGAUGCUGUAACAGGCACCGAGAAACAAAAGGUUGCCUACGACUAUGCAAGACGUUUAAAUGUUGCUUUACGCGCUUGUGGAAGCAACACCAAAGAUAUACUUAACCAUUUAACAUCUGGAGAAACCCCACAAACAGGCAUACCAGACACUAAAAAGCAUGACUAUAAAUUUGAAUUCAAAACUUGUGACCUAUUGAAUAUUAGUAGUUGCCUCAUUUCGGAAACUAGUGACCGUUUUAUACUUACACUUUAUAAUCCACUUGCACAUUCUACUUUUGAAUAUGUCAGGGUACCAGUAUCAACUUUAGAUUACAUUGUCAAGGACUAUAGAGAUGUUACUUUGGAAACGGAAAUAUUGCCUAUUCCGGAAACAAUACAAAACAUAACGUUCCGUAACUCCCGUGCAAAAUAUGAACUCAUCUUCCUAGCCAGUGAAUUACCACCUUUUGGAUAUAAGUCUUAUUACAUUAUGAAAACAAACAAGCAUCGCUUGGAACCAAUACCCGAUGCAGACAACUUAUCAAGUUUUGUUAGCAUUGGAAAUGAAAAAAUACGUUUAACUUUUGACACGAACGGCUUCUUAUCUGCAAUAACAACAAAAGAAAUGACACGUAUUGUCAAUCAAGAAUUUUUGUAUUACGAGGGUGCUAUUGGCAAUAAUCGCGAAUUCCGUAAUCGCUCCUCAGGCGCAUAUAUAUUCCGACCCAAAACUGAUAAUGUUAAGCUUGUGACAACAGGUCCCAAAAUAAAAGUAUAUCGUGGAAAUUUGGUAGAGGAAGUUCACCAAAUUUUUAAUGAAUGGAUAAGUCAAGUUGUACGCGUUUACCGCAAACAUGGCUACGCAGAAUUUGAAUGGAUGGUUGGACCGAUACCCAUUGAUGACGGUGUUGGCAAAGAAAUUAUUACAAGAUUCAACUCUGAUAUACAAUCUGAAGGUAUAUUUUAUACCGAUUCGAAUGGUCGUGAAAUGUUAAAACGUUUACGUGAUCAUCGUGAUACGUGGCGUGUUAAAUUAUUGGAGCAUACGGCUGGCAAUUAUUAUCCUAUAACAACAAAAAUAGCAUUGGAAGAUGAAAAUGCACGUUUGGCUAUAUUGACUGAUCGUGCUCAAGGUGGCAGUUCAAUGGGUGAUGGUUCUUUAGAAUUGAUGAUUCAUCGUCGUUUAUUACACGAUGAUGCUUUUGGCGUGGACGAAUCACUUAACGAAACAGCAUUUGGACAAGGUUUAGUUGCGCGUGGUACCCAUUAUUUAAUAUUGGGUAAUUCACAAUUGGAUCAAAGUCCAACGACACAGUUACUGGAACGUUUUACACAGUUGGAAAAAUUGUUACCAACAUGGAAAUUUUUCAGUGAUGCAACGAAUAGUUCCUACGAUGACUGGCGUUUAAAUUACACAAACAUAUUUUCUGGUAUAAGUCUUUCAUUACCGCGGAACAUACAUAUUAUGUCAUUCGAGCCCUGGCAUGAAAAUGAAAUUCUAAUACGUUUUGAGCAUAUUUUAGAAAAAGAUGAAGAUCCUGAAUAUUCAAAAACGGUGCAAUUUAAUUUGAAAGACGUAUUACGUGGUUUUAAUAUUGUCGAUAUACGUGAGACUACGUUGGACGGUAAUGCAUGGCUGGAUGAUAAUCGAAGAAUGGAAUUCGUGCCUGAUCCAAUUGAAGAGUUAUAUGACAAUUAUGCUCUUUAUUACAAAUCAUCAGAUUAUGUGCAGCUGCUGCGAGCUGAUAAACCAUUAUUAGAUGCAAAGUACUUUGAAGAACUUUUACCUGUUGAUGGUUUGGGUGCGGAAAGUAAUCGUCUUAAACGUGAACAUGGAAAAAACAUGGAAUUAAAUCGUUUACGUGCUGAGAAAUUAAAGAAGUUCAAGCCAUCAAUUGCAAAUCUUCCAUUGCAAGAAGAUGAUGAUACUAAAUUCAUUAUUGAGCUUAGUCCAAUGGAAAUUCAUACAUAUGUACUAACACUUGCAAAGCACAUAUAACUAUUUUAAUAUAAAUAAAUCAAUUUUAGAGGUAUAGUGUCUUUUUAUAAAUAAAUAUUUAAUGAUUUAAAA